AUGUCCAGCUUUGAGCAGAGGACUGGGGUGGACAGCUGCACUGAAUCUGCAGAGGCUGCCUGUGACAUUUAGUCCCAGCUGGUGAACUGUACCAUUAAAACCCUGGGGCUGAUUUCCACAGCACGGCCCAGCUUCAUGCAAUGUGUCUCACAUUGUUGUUCCUCCUUAUGCCCACUUUGUGUCUGCACUGACAGCUCCAAGUCCCUGUCCCCUAUCAAGAUUGAUCUUACGCCAGUGGACGACCCGUCCCUGAAGGUCAACACCAUGAAGUUACUGAAGAUGAGCAGCUGUCCUCAUGUCCAGCCCUCGGGUAUCCUGUGUGUUGCAGACCAGUGCCAUUGACUCAGGGAGCUGGCGUUGAGCUACUAUCUCCUGAGUGAUGAGCUCCUGCUUGCCCUCUCCUCUGAAAAACACAUACACUUAGAGCACCUACGCAUGCAGACACACUUUCACACCAUCAAAAGAACCAGCUGGGAGGCUUUGGUCCGACACUCACCCAAGGUCAACAUCGUCAUGUAUUUCUUCUUAUAUGAGGAGUUUGAGCCCUUCUUCUGCCAGGAGACUCCUGUCACCUACCUGUACUUUGGCUGGGCAGUUACUAAAGAGAUGCUGGGCCGUAUUGGACUGAACUGCCCUGGCCUUCAGCCCCUGGAUGACCGCUGCAAAAGCUUGACUGCUAUCAGGGUAAGCGAGUGUGAAGUGACCUGCAUUGGCUUUAUGGAAUUUGUUAAGAUGUGAAUCAUGGAGGAUAUGUUGAUCCCAGACAGCAGCAACAACAUGGAGCAGAUUUACAGUGAGAUGUCCAUGCACCUGGGUAGCAUGUGGUUCCCUGAUAUGAUGCCCACCUGGUAGGCUGAGAUGAAGCCAGAGUGGAGGGCUGCAGUGUGAUGUGCUCUUUUUGGACAGUAAGUAAGCGAGAGACAGUUUCCCUGUCAUCAGUGUUCUUGGCCAGCUUACUAGAAGGUGGGUAACUUCUAAAGCUGUCACUUUUUACCUAAAUUUGAUGUAAGACUGAAAAUGUUUUCUCACUUAAAACAUUGGCAGAUUGAUUUCUGUCUGGCUAUCUUGUGAGCACCCAGCUUUCUCUCUAUGCAUUGAUAUUGUGAUGUGAAAUCUUUGAUGUAGUAGGUUCCUUCCAUCUGUGAAAGACAGUCUGAAUUUACCGUCACUCAUUGCAACCUUUCAACCAUUGUGUGUAAAGGAUGUGGAUCUGCCAUCUGCUGGUUGCUUAUUUUAAAAGCAUCACACUUCAUCAUUUAUUCUGAACAGCAUCUCCCACAAUAUCAUCGGUGUAUGUUGUUCAGUGAAUUCCAAGUUUUAUUUUGUGGUGAAUUGUUGUUCUUUAUCUUAUUGCUAUCCCUCUUCCCAGGAUACAGCUUGAGAGGCAGAGACCCCGUCUGGAGUCGGGGCAUCCUGUCACUAGCACUAACAAUAGUGGUACUAAUGCAGUACAGGAGAGAACAAGAGUUUACAGUUGAGUCAGAGAGAGUUGCACCUUCAUGUAAAACACAAUGGGUAUUUUGUAUUCUUGUCUAUUUAUGUGUGUGUCAGUGGAGACUUUAAUAUUUCAUUAAUGUUUUAAGUUGGUUAUUUUGGGACAUCCCUGUUGAUCUAGGAGCACUGAUUAAAACCGAUGAAGGUUUCCACACCGGAUUUCUUUACCAUGUUAAAAAUAGAGGCCUCUGUGCCAAACAUCUGGUUGUUAGAGUUUCAUUUUUUACCAUGAUAUCUUUUUUGUUUUACCACAUGGUACACAUUUGUUUUGUGCAAAAUAUUUCUGGUGCAUUAAACACAAUAGUAUUCAGUGUCAUACUGUAACACAUGUAAAGCUCUGCCUUGUAUUUGUUAAUUUGUCAUAUAUCACAUAUGUUUGUAUGUAUGUGUAGCAGUGACAGGGUUGCUCAGGUCUGGAAGAAAUCUGCUUCAUUGUAACUGCUAUA